AGGCUGACCUGAAGAUUUUGUAUUAAACGGGUACCAAGAAUCAUGAAUAGAGAAGUCAACAGGAAAACUAUAGUAGAACGACCAAUAGAUCUGAAAAACAGGAAACUAACUUUGCCAAUGAAUAGAUCUUGGCCAAACAUGAAGGCAGCAAGUAAACUGGAGUUAAACCACAGAGAAGGCAAGAGCAGAAAUAUUCCUGGAAAAACAUCUAAUUUUGAUAAACAUUUUGCAAAAGUGGGUGAGGAUGAAUCAGAACAUUCACACGAUGUACCUGAUGAAGAACGGUAUCCCUAUCAUACUGUAAAAACUUCCAGCUUGGAGGCAAUGCAUGCUCUGAAAAUUUUGCCUGCCAAACCUAUAAAAGAAUCUGAGUAUGCAGAUCAACGGUAUUUAGGAGAUUCAGCUCCCAUUUCUAGAAACACUAAAUCCUCUAUCAUCACCCAGCCAAAGUCCUCUGACUCCCCUCGAGAUUUAGGUCAAUGCAGAUAUGUUUCAGAGGAGAGCAGAGUCCCAGAUGUUAAAGGUCCUGCUGUAAAACGAAGCAUGAAGCCAAACAUACUUUUUACUGAAAUCACAAGAGAAAAAGAAAAAGUAAUUGGAUCACAGAACCCUUUGCCCCCUCCAAGGCCUCUUAAGACACUUCCAAAGAAAUAUCAGCCACUUCCCCCAGAACCAGAGAGAAGCAGCCAGCUGUCUCACACAAGGAACAUAUUUAGUCAGGCUCACACCUUUCCAAUGUCAGCAAAGAACACCAGACACCUAUCUGUUAAGGAGUUAAAUGAAGCACUUGGAAAAGGAAGAGAUAUCAGCAGGGAAGUUGAAUUAGCUUUCCAAACAAGACAGCAAAAACCAAAAUAUCAUCCUGCAUCCAGCUCCCCUUGUAUGCUGAGUAGUAAAAGUUUUCAAGGCUCAGGAUCCAGAUUAAACAUACAAAACUGUUCAAUUGAGAGGUCACCAUCUCCAGGAAAGCACAAGCCUUCUGAAUGUAGAUCACAAGGUAUAUAUGUAAACCUGCCAACACCGCAUCUUACGAAGCCUGUUGAAAAGGAUUUAAAUAAAUAUGACUGGUAUACUGGAGAAUUUGAUCGUCAGAAAGCAGAAGAGGCUUUGUUACAGGAGAACACCGAUGAGACAUUCUUGGUCAGAGAUUGUUCAACAAAAUCAAGUGCUGAGCCAUAUGUUUUGGUCAUAUAUUACGGAAACAAGGUAUACAAUAUUAAAAUACGUUUUCUGGAAGACAGCCAGCAAUAUGCAUUGGGAACAGGGCUCAGAGGAGAUAAUAAGUUUGAUUCAGUGCAAGAAAUCAUAGACUUCUACACAUGUGUUCCCAUUACACUUAUUGAUGGAAAGGAUAAGUCUGGAGUCCAGAGAGAACAAUGUUACCUAACACACCCUUUUAAGUUGAACAGAAGAUGCUUCUUACCCUAAGUGAUUUCAAAUGUUUGUAUAAAUGUAAAAAUAAGAACACCUUAAUAUUUAAAAUCUGUGUAGAAAUUAGGAGAUUAGACUUGAGUUCAACAAGAAUUAGAACUCUUCAUAGAAGUUUCUCAUGAAUACAAUGAAAUGUGAUUUCUCUCAUAUGAGACCAGAUCAAAUUGUACUCUGCUGUGCAUGAAAAAAAUUCAUAAAAUUAUGAAAUAUACAAAAGUGAAACUUCAAAUAGAGGGUGUUGCUGCAUGUACAAAUAAACGUCGCAGUACAACUGCGCAAAAAAGUAUGAACAGCAGCUAACUUCUAAGCAAUAUUUUCUUGCUGAUAACUGAUAAAUUGUUUGAUCUCUUAUAUUAACAAAACCUCUCUGUUACUAGGACCACAAAAUAAAUCCAUGAAACAAAACAAUGUAAUAUAUUAGAAUUGCAUUACAAAAUAUUCCUGCAUUUAAACUCAGAAAAGUUGCAUCUAACUUGGCACUUAUUGUUU